GGUGGUGAGGAGGAGGACCACUGUGGCAGGAACAGCAGACUCAGAGGAGUUUUGGAAGAGCUCACUUGUCGCGUUUACUCGUUUGAAGCUGAAUACAAAGUUCUAUUGUUGGUUUGUUUGUUAAAAAAACUCAACAUAAUUGGAUUUCAUUGACAGAAACACGAACCGCCCCUUCGUAAACCGGAAACAGUAGAGGAAGUAGUUAGCAUUUAGCUCGCUCGCUACUAUCAACAAGUGUCCAGCAGAAGUUCAACACUCGACUUUAAUAACACCGUGCUGACUAAACGGAACAAUGUCCGGAUCGUCCAACAUCGUCGCGAUGAAAAAAGCGGUGAAACAGUUGCGUCUCGAGGCGGGCAUCAACAGAGUGAAGGUGUCGCAAGCCGCUGCCGACCUGCAGCAAUACUGUCUCCAGAACGCCCAGCAUGACCCUCUGCUCACCGGGAUGUCGUCCAGCAACAACCCGUUCAGACCGCAGAAAGUCUGCUCCUUCCUAUAACCCAUAACAGUGUUGAACGUGGAGCCAGACUGACGCAGGCAGCAACACUGUGGACCUGACAGGAGUGUGAUGACGGAGUUGUGCACCCCACCAUUUCAAGUGAUGUGGGAAAAAGAGAAAACAAAUUUGCAACAUUUCAAGGUGCUGAUGUGGAUGUCUUAACUCACCUGUGUAGAUGUAGCUGACUAACACACAUGUGCCUUUUCAAAUGUACUUGUUUUUUUUUUUUUUUAAUAAUAUGAACCGAGAUAA